AAUCUGCAUAUUCCAUUCGCCUUCCUGAAAUGAUUUGUUCAGAGUUGGGCAUAGGAUUCAAGUUGGACCAAUCAGAAUCAACCUGCAAAUUUGGCUGGACCAAUAGGAAAGAGGCAUAAGUUUCCCUUCCUAUCUUGAAGCUGAGCUAGAAGCAAGGGUAGUUCUCCUCUGCCGCUGCUUGGGAAGAGCCUGACUGAGAAUGAAACUGGCACAGGAGGCUACAGAGCCAAGAGAUGAAGAAGUGCACUCCUAAUCACACUAUGUCCCAUCUUGGACUUUUCCAUUAUAACCCCGACCCCGCGCACGGCCAUGGCGGAGCCUGGAGAACAACUGCCGGAGGAAGUGCUGGCACUCAUUUUCCGUCACCUGCCCCUGCGGGACCGCGCCGCUGCUGCGAGGGUUUGCAGAGCUUGGGCUGCCGCUGCCACCUGCAGCACUGUGUGGCACAACACGAACAUCAGUUGCGACUGUGAGCUAGAAGGCAUGCAGCCGCAGUAUCUGUCCGCUUGCCUGGACCACGUUCAGAAUCUACGUCUGGAAUUUGUGCCGUCCAGGGAGCCGAGCCGCCUGGCGGCCAUAGAGUUGCUGACCGCACUGGCUGGCCGUAACCCCGAGCUGCGAGGCCUGUGCCUGGAGUGCCGCGGAGAAAAGCGGCUCUUCGACUCGGGCCGCGACGUCCUGGACGCCGUGCACGCCCUCUGUAGGGCUGCCCGCGCGCUGCGCCACCUCGACCUGCGGCGCUUGCCGUUCACACUGGACGACGCUCUGGUGCUGCAGGUGGCACACGGCUGCCCGGAGCUCUGCAGCCUUUUCCUGGAUAACAGUACGCUGGUGGGCAGCGUGGGGCCAGGCUCCGUGCUGGAGUUACUAGAGGCCUGCCCCUGCCUACGCGCCCUCGGCCUGCACCUGGCCAGCCUGUCGCGCACCGCGCUCGAGGCACUGGCAGCGCCAGACCGCGCACCUUUUGAGCUCCUGGCCCUGCGGUGCACAUGUCCCGAAGACGCACGCGCGCCGCCCCUGCCUAACGAAGCCUGGGCCGAGCUGAGCCGCCGCCACCCUGGACUGGCCGUAGAGCUGGAGCUGGAGCCGGCUCUGCCUGCCGAGAGCGUGACGCGCGUCCUGCAGCCUGCUGUGCCCGUGGCUGCGCUGCGCCUCAGCCUCUCUGGGGACACCGUAGGCCCGGUGCGCUUCGCAGCGCGCCACUACGCCGCAACCUUGAGCGCGCUCGAAGUGCGCGCUGCCGCCUCUGCCGAGCUGGACGCCGCGCUGGAAGAGCUGGCAGAGCGCUGCGCGGGCCUGCGCGAAGUGCACUGCUUCUGCGUGGUGCGACCCUCCGUGCUGCACGCCUUCCGCACGCACUGCCCGCGCCUGCGCAGCUACACGCUCAAGCUAACGCGGGAGCCACAUCCCUGGCGGCCCACGCUUGUGGCGUGAGGCGACAAACCCUCUUUCCCCUCCCUGCGGACGUGUGACCCCUGAGAUGCUGCGUGGGUUUGCCCCGGGGCGCGUCAGCUGCUAGUCCUCUCCUUUAGGACUCUGUUGCCUCUUGUCCCUCUCGAGAAUUGGGGGCUGUGGGAUGGCGUCGGUACCAGCGCGGAGCAACCUGAGUCCACUCGUUGCUGUCAACAUCUGCAGACACCCACUGUCCCCGCCGUACGGGGAUCACCCUCCUCCAACCCCAGUCCUCUGCAAACGUUGCUCGGCGGCCCCGGCGUGGGAAGAGGGAGGGCACUGGCUCAAAGCAUGCCUCAGGGUUGAGUGUGAAAUAAAUCAAGCAGUAUCUCUACGUCCUGUGAAAGGCCGGGUCCGCUCUGAAGGGUGAGGGAGGAGAACCAGCAGAGGCCGGAGGAGGGGUCCGGGCAGGGGUGGGAGAGCUCGAGACCUCAAGGUUUACUUCCACUGGUACGGCUGCGGGGGUCAGUGUCGGGGCACUCGCAUCUUCGGAAUGACAACGCCCCACGGUUCGGCGGGAGGGGGCCAGCUUCUCCUUCCCCCACCCUCCCGCUCUCAAGCUCGCUCCUAUCUGCCCCUCUACCCGAGGCUUCACUAUGCCCACGCCAUCGCCUUAUAGGACUUUCCCAGCCCACACCACGCUGUGUACGCUCGAUUCUCCCGAAGAACAAAGGAGGAAACAGCGGGCCUGAGAGAGGGGUGGGACU